AUGUCACAAUUACAAACAGAUAUUAGAAGAAAAUUAGUCAUUGUUGGUGAUGGUGCUUGUGGUAAAACUUGUUUAUUAAUUGUUUUCUCAAAAGGUACUUUCCCAGAUAUUUAUGUCCCAACUGUUUUCGAUAAUUAUGUUGCUGAUGUUGAUUUAGAUGGUCGUAGAGUUGAAUUAGCUCUAUGGGAUACUGCUGGUCAAGAAGAUUAUGAUAGAUUAAGACCUUUAUCUUAUCCUGAUACUAAUGUUGUUUUAAUUUGUUUUUCAAUUGAUUUACCAGAAUCUUUAGGUAAUGUUCAAGAAAAAUGGAUUUCUGAAGUUUUACAUUUCUGUCAUGGUGUUCCAAUUAUUUUAGUUGGUUGUAAAGUUGAUUUAAGAGAUGAUCCAUCAACUAUUCAAAAAUUAAGAGAUGAAGGUUUAGCUCCAGUUUCUGCAAGUGAAGGUCAAGCUGUUGCUGAUAAAAUUGGUGCUAUUAAAUAUAUUGAAUGUUCUGCUAAAAGAAAUUAUAACGUUGAUGAAGUUUUCAAAACUGCUACUAGAGCUUCAUUAAUGGCUAAAGAAAAGAAACAAAGUGGUAAAAAAUCAGGUUCAAAGAAAUGUACAAUCUUAUAA